GAUCGCGAUGUUGCCCUUUAUGAGGGUUAGCUCGGCCAUGCUUCGUCGUGAGUGGAAGGUGGCUGCGCUGCAAAAACCAUCGUAGUCCGCUCUGAAUUUCGGCCAUCAUUCGUGCACGGAAGCCGCUCCGCUAGAAAGAAGGACUUCGCCGACAGCAGGACCUUGGACAAUCUCCGUUUCCCGAACGCGUGUGCGACGGAAAUGCAGCCGCAGAUAUUCAACCACGAGGCUCAUCGAGGCGGCAAGCACUCAAGCAGCUGCGACCGCUACGAGGAAAGCCAUAGCAAUAGCUUCAACCGAACCGUCGACUGUGGGAACAGGCCUUACAUUGAUCGAUUCCCUGCGCCCUUCCGUGGUUCAAGGACACCGUUUGGAUUCGGGAGCUGGGGUUGCGGCGCGCCCUUUCGCGGCGGUGGGCCGUCGUUGUUCAGUGCACCAUUUUUAGGCAGGCCUCCUCCACUGUGCGUUCCUCCACCGUGCGCUCCUCGUGGCCGUCCACCAUACUCCUUCACACCUCAGCGCUUACAGUCUCCACCGCCACCAUACUUCGGGCGUGCAGGCUAUCGGGGAAGCUGUGGCGGAUUCAAUUCCUCGCAAUGCUAUCAAAGCCCGAUGGCCAACUCGAACGGCCCCCAUGUGGAGCGCUGUGCAUCUCCUCAAGGUGGUGGCUCCAAGUUGACUUCUCCGCUGGCAAAGACACGGGAUGAACUACUGCAUCAGGAUGAAAACCACACUGCCCCCAUGAAGCACAAGAUUUCGGCAGUCGGUACAAAGCAUUUACCCGAAAGAUGUACAGAGAGUGACGUUUGUAAGCUCAAGCACACAUUGACCAGUCCUACAUGGCCGUCUGCAAGCGGCAAUGGAAGCCUCGCCAAACGAAUGAAGGUUCAUGACUCGAAGAAUGCAGCCAGAGUGCACGUGUGCAGUGAUCUUAGUUCCGGACAUGCUUCUACAAGCAGAAGAAAAACUCUCGAUGGCAAUACAGCUCACAUACAGGUUGAUUUCAGGGGUAGUGGUGAAACUGGCGACAAGCCCAAUUAUUGUAUGAACUCUGUUGCUAAGACAUCUGUUCCGUGCACUCAGGCUAGGGCUAAGGAGCUAGCAAAAGGACCACCUGCAACAGCCGAAGCGAGCCUUCAUGAUCGGCAUUGUGAUACUAGAGGAAAAAAUUCAAACCUUUGUUCACCUACCCACUCAGCUGAUUCCCAGAAGUGCACUUCAAAAGUGUAUGCUGCUUACAUUCAUGACGUAAGCCCGGAUAGUACCACAUACCCAUGCCCUAAGCUAUUACGCAAAGAAAGUAUCGGAUAUAUUAGCAGUAGCAUUGGUGCUGCUCUAUCUUUACCCCAAGUCGCGUCCACUUCAUCUGGCAUUGCUUGCAAAGAAGGUCCUGUCACUGUGAAUUUGCUUCGUUCAGCGACAAAAAAUUAUGUUUGCACUAAAUGCCUUGGUGAAGAUGCCCAUAGAGAGUCCUUGCACUGCAGUGCUAACCUCUGCUCAGGAACUUUCUCUACUUCUCGGGAUGACUUGCGUGAUGUCGUGGUGCCAGUCCUCAGUACCCUUCACGAUCAGAUCGGUGAGGAAACUGAAACUCACAUUGACAAUUCUUGCACACCACAGCAACCUUCUACUGACGUUGCAACAGAAUUUAUACUAAAUCCACUGGCCUCAUUCCUUGAGUCGGGGGGAAGUGGUAUUGCUGCAGUUCAGAAGUGGCUCGCGGUCACUUCUCCUUGUAUUAAUAGCAGAGACUAUGGCGCAGAAUGUCAAGAGAAAGAUUUUCAAAGAGAUGGUGCUUAUGCUACUGAAGAACCUCAGCAUAGUUUCGAUUUUAACAGUGCUUAUGCUCUUAAAAAACCCGAACACGAAAAUGUAUCUUUAAAACCGUCUGCUUUGUUGCGAGACGUUGUUAACUGUCAAAUGCCUGCAAUGUCAACAACUACUCGUCCUAUCUUGCUGCAAAAAAAGACUGGCUGUACAAUGUCUGCAGCUUCUGAUCGUACUGGCAAGAUUGAUAGCGACCAAGAAACUGCAUCAUUUAUAUCAACAGAAUCGGAAGAUGAGGACUGUGUAAUUGUGAACUGUGAGAACUUUACCCAUCCGCCAUGUAGAUUCCAACAAUGCAAUGACACGGCAAAUCCUAGGAGCUUGUCAUGCCCAUCAGGGUCUAGGCUUGGCUCAGCGCAUACCCCGAGGCCCCCAUCGCAAGCUAGUUUUGCUAUGUCUUUAGAGGAUGUCUUGUUUGAACUUGACUCAUACACAGCACUUUGUGUUCUAGAUAUUUGCGAAGACCCGGUUGCAAAGAAGCAAGUGUACACUUUAUAUUUAAAAGGGAUGCGCACAAAUGCAAAGACAGCCUAUACUGAAAAGAUGAAAAAGAUUGCCUGUGCUGCAGUUGAAAGAAAGCGUCAGGUAUGGAAAUGUUCAACAGGUGUGCUUCGGAAACUGGCGAAGCUGCGCUGGACAUUUCCUCAGGUAGGCUCAGUACCAAGAAUAAGAGAGCUUUAUGACUUUCAAAAGCAUUAAACAAUGGGACUAUACUAUAGCUACCAUAUCAGCAGCAGUGAGGUGUAUUACUGCAGCUGUACGUUGCGCCAGUAGUGCUUCUAUGUUAACAUGCCGUAUUUACCUUUUAGUGUUUGUUAGGCUUUGUUCCAGCCAGUAGCUGCUGCUUUCAUUUUCAUGCUUUUUUUCAGCCCUAUCAUAUGCAAUUUGUAAUGGUUAUGUGGACGCUGGAAUGCCCGACUGUAUGAUGCAACUAACUUGGGCAGUUGUUUCUACUACAACGUAGCCUUGCUCUUCAUCUUUAUCUACUUGCCUUUCAAUGCUCAACAUUGUAGCUUGUAAUAAGAUGUACAGCAUUAUAUACUGCAAUACAAUGAAUGCUGUGCACCACGAACUGUUAUGCUAAACUAUGGGAUAAUUUAAGCAGUGAGUUGCAACGACACCUUACAUCUGACAAAAAUAAGUAUGUUAUCCAAGACUGGUCGGGUUUGUGAUGAAAGGCUUGUCUAGUCGGCUAUGUAUGUGUGCCUCCUUCAAUCACGCCAAAGCAUUUUUCUGCACUUUUCCGAGACUCGGUAGGGAGCUAGCUAUCUUGCCAAUAAAGGUUCUGUUAAGUCAACGUGUGUUCUUGCAGAAGCCGUAAGUUGAGCUGUUACCUUUGCAUUUUUACCCUGUGACACUCGGGACAUUGAUGUUCGAUUUUCGUGCAAAGAGCACCUCUUCUUUGGGCUGCUGUUAUCACAGCAUUGUGCAACAAAAGUUCAGACAUGAAAGCAUAGUUUGUGAUUUGACAUCGAAAGUAAGGUGUUACAGGCUGAAAUAGAUGGGUCAAGCUAAGCAUUGUGCCACUUGAUUUGUUUAAACCAUCAAAUAUGAAAUGCCAUUCCACAUCAAGGAAAAUCGUAACUUGUUCACACCCUUUAUUUCUGGCCAUAAAGAGUAUUUCUACGAAAACAUUUUUAUCCAGUAAUUGGUUCACUGAACGGUCUGCAACUGGAAACUCGCUCCAGCAAAUAAAAAUAAAUCCUCUACUUCUGGUGUUAACCUUCCUGCACUUAAGUCAUAAUGUUGAUUUACCGAACAUGGCAUAACCAACAUUUUACAUUGGGCUUCCAGGGGUAAAUGCCUGUAAUUAGAGGUGUGGGCGCAUACAGGGCCAUAUGCCAUUGUGCAGAAAAUGAACACUGCAUACGGAAAUGUCCUGUGCCCAAUGCUAAGAGUGGAUGGUAUGGCUGCAUCAUUCAACAUUACCAAGUCUGAAACAAUAGUGCCAUUUCUUUCAGUUUACAUUUUCAUAAUGCACAUUGCAAGGCUUCAGAGACUACGACAGAUUCUAUGUGGCAGCAGACUAGUUGGCUACCCGGGCAAGUGUCGUUUCACUACUAAGGACUGCUGGCUUUUGGCAGUACGCUAAUUGAGUUCUACUUCCACAAUGAGACAUUGCACGUCGUGCAAAUUCAGUGCAGCUGAAAGCAAAUUCAUAUGUUAGUGAUACUGCAUCACUAAUAAAGCAGAACAAGUGAUGUACAUUUCGACAGCCAGUUUGGGCAUACGCUGCAUGCUUGUGCAAGCAUUCCUGUAAACCUCUUCAACAUUUGUCUGUUCUUGGAACUUACUUUGGGCUUCUUUUUAUAAACAUAUCUGUAAUGCCCAACUGUGUUCAUUAAAAAAAUUUCUGCCGA